AUGAAGUCGUUUUUUUGUUUCUCAGUCAUUCUUUUGGCGCGUUCUGUUGUAUCGGAAAACACUCCUUUUUGUGCUCCAGCUCAGGUAAAAUAUUGUGUAUUGGACGAUUGUCUUCAACCAUUAAUCAAUCAGAACACCUCAGGACCUCAGUUUUGUGGCAGAUACUUAGAGAAUGACAGCAUCAGUAUUCCCGGUUAUAUUCCAGCUGCGAUUCCAGCAUCUCGUAUCUCAUCUGCAUGUUCUUGUUUAAUUCAGGCCCAGCCUACAGCAAAGCUCACCAGACAGUCGUCAUAUGCUCUAGGCUCUAUUGACUUUUCAGUCUCUACCAAAGCAUCCCCUUCUCUCAAAACUUCUGUUCCAACCAUUUCCUCCGCAAUAGUGUCCGUAGUUCCUACAUCUUUGCAGGCCAUCCCGGGGUCCGGAAACGAGUUCACUAGCUCGAUCAUAUACUCUCUCUCCACUUAUACUACUCAGUUAAUUUACCCUGUCACCCAUGACAUUACACAAAGCCCAAGUCCCAAAUCAACGGCACCAGUUGAAUAUACCACAUCGAUAGUGUACACCUUAUCUAGUUACACAAAUCCAAGUGGUGAAGUUAUUACGAAAACAAUCGUAGAUUAUACAACAGUCUGUCCUGUCACCGCUAAAGUUACCUCAACCUUCCGAGCACUGGGAGAGCUGGCUGGUGAAAGCACAGCUGCAUAUGAGACAUCGACAAUUUAUAGAAUUUCGGCAUACACGAGCCUUGGGCAGACAAUUACAAAAACUUUAGUAGAUUAUUCAACCGUCCGUUCUAUCACAAAAGAAUUGUCCCCAAGUCCAACUCCCAAGUCGACGGUUGAGUAUACAACAUCAACUGUAUAUUCUUUCUCUACUAGAACAUACACAUCUAGUGAAAAGACUUUCACAGUGACAGAUACCGUCGUUGAUUACACGACAGUUUGCCCUAUCACAGAAAAGUCUUCCCCAACUCCAGAACCAACUGUUCAAUAUAAAACCUCAACAGUCUAUUCUCUCUCAACCAGCACGUAUAGUACUAGCGGAAAAGUUGUUACUGUGACCAAUACUGUGGUUGAUUAUACAACUGUUUGCCCUGUCACCCAGUCAGCAUCUUCAACCCAGGGUGCAUCAUCGCUCACUACGUUCCCUUCCGUUUCAUCCACUGGAAGUGUAAUUUCGACUUCAGCUUCCGACAGUUCGAUUGUUCCCUCAUCCUUGUCUGUUUCAGCAUCGGCUUCCAGCCGCUCAAUCGCAGUCAAGUCAACAAAAACAAGAUCACGCCACUCCCGAACAAAGUGCACAAAGGCUUCCCACUCUGCACAAAGCUAUCUAUUCGGGAAUUCCACAUCUUUAUACCGACCCACUGGAACCGGAAGCUCAAGCCCUUCCUCUAUAUCAGGAACUGGAUACUCAUCAUCGGUUAGGUACCCAAUGAGUAACUCCACAAUAUCCGACAUUCCUCGAGGAACUGCGUCUUCGACUGCUCACCAAGUGACAGACUCCACCCGAUUGCAGUUCCCUUCAGUAACUGUGUACUCAAUAUCUUCAACAGCUUAUUCAAUCCCGAAUUUCACAAGCUUGCAUGUUCCUUCAGGAACAGUGUUUUAUGCUCCAAUGACUCUCACAACCACGGAGAUUCUCCCCACCAGCACUUCUAGUGUAGAGAUUAAUAGCAGUACUUCAAAAUUACCAGGAACAACUGAGAUUCCUAUCACAAGCGCUCCAUCUACAACAUCAAGUCUUGCACUCCCUUCUGUAACUGCGUUUUGUAGCACAGACGCGGCGGCUUUAGUAUUUGCAGCGGCUGGUACUCCAGUAAGCUCUUAUUGCAGUAGUCUACUCUCCAUCCAGCCGAGUUACGCAGAUGAACAGUACCUCUUCGUCACAAAGACCACUUUAAUCACAACUACCACCACCGUCAGCCCAGCAACUGUGACCUUUCUCAAGAGAACGACAAGACCUGACUCAUAUCCAUUUACAGCAACAUAUGAUUUGGCUCAACAAUCAUCAGCUUGCAGCUGUCUCUCAAUUCAACCAACCGUGAUCGCCGAGACUGUAACAAUAACAGUUCCUGCAACAUCCCCCUGGUCGUUGUCUCGACUACAAUUCCAGCUUGCACUCCGUCACCUACCCAAGUAGUUGUCAAUGGUGAUUUUGAAACCGCUACAUCUGGCUCUUAUCAGACGCCGUGGGUUUUUAGUGAUUGGGCCAAUGUACAAUCUAAGGUCAAUUGUGCAUUUACUCCAUAUUCUGGCGAUGAGUUUGUUAUCCUCUUUGGUCAACGUUUAAGCACAGCCGUUAUAUCCCAGCAAAUCGAUUCCCUCAUCCCCGGCCAAUCCUACACUCUUAUCUAUUACAUGUCAGUAAUGGGACCCGUCGUCUUGCCAACAGCUUCUUGUGUGUUGUCUGCUUCCGUGGGAGGAGUAGUCAUCGAUACAGCGACUAUUACGUACUUGAAUGUAGCGAGUUAUAGAACUGGCUAUUCGCAACGACCGGCAACGGUAGUUCCAAUAACUCAUUCGGCACAGUUGAAAAUUACUUGGCAGUGUAACAGUCAAAGUGCUCCGGCAGUGUAUCUUUUGCUGGAUAAUAUUUCGAUGGUUGGGGCGGGUCAGAGUUGUGCUGUCUCUGCUUAGUUAUUGGAGCGGUCAUGGAACCAUGGGAUAGAUAACUUUAAUAGAUGACAUUGCCUUGUCUGUGGCUCGGUUUGGUUCUAAUACCCACCAAAUCUGGCCGAGCCGUCGCUUAUUUCAUACUUGAAACAUGAUCUGUGUACAGUUCUCAUGUCUCAUAGU